GUGUUUGGUGGACGGCGCCCUCCCAGCCCGGCCGCUGCCCGCCCGCCGGGGCGCCCAGCCAGCCUUGGCCGCGAUGUUCCGCCGCUGCUUUAAUCGCUUUUGUGCCGGGGAAGAGAAGCGAGUUGGGACGCGCACAGUGUUUGUGGGUCACCGUCCAGUGUCGGAAACGGAAGCUUACAUUGCACAAAGAUUCUGCGAUAAUAGAAUAGUGUCAUCGAAGUAUACACUUUGGAAUUUCCUCCCAAAGAAUCUCUUUGAGCAGUUCAGAAGAAUCGCCAAUUUUUAUUUUCUCAUCAUUUUCCUUGUGCAGGUCACAGUUGAUACUCCAACGAGUCCAGUCACCAGUGGGCUCCCGCUUUUCUUUGUCAUCACAGUCACGGCCAUCAAGCAGGGAUAUGAAGAUUGGCUGCGACACAGAGCUGACAAUGAGGUCAACAAGAGCACUGUUUACAUUAUUGAAAAUGCCAAGCGCGUGAGGAAAGAGAGUGAAAAAAUCAAGGUCGGUGAUGUAGUGGAGGUGCAAGCAGAUGAAACCUUUCCCUGUGACCUUAUUCUCCUCUCAUCAUGCACUAGUGAUGGGACCUGUUAUGUUACCACAGCCAGUCUGGAUGGCGAGUCUAACUGCAAGACACAUUAUGCGGUGCGUGAUACCAUCUCCCUGUGUACUGCCGAAUCCAUAGAGAAUCUCCGUGCAUCCAUCGAGUGUGAGCAGCCUCAGCCUGACCUGUACAAGUUUGUGGGGCGAAUUAGUAUCUAUAGUAAUAGUCUUGAGGCUGUUGCCAGGUCCUUGGGACCUGAAAAUCUGUUGCUGAAAGGAGCUACACUCAAAAAUACCAAGAAGAUAUAUGGAGUUGCUGUUUACACUGGGAUGGAAACUAAAAUGGCUUUGAACUACCAAGGGAAAUCUCAGAAACGUUCUGCUGUUGAAAAGUCUAUUAAUGCCUUCCUGAUUGUGUAUUUGUUUAUCUUACUGACCAAAGCUGCCAUUUGCACUACUCUAAAAUAUGUUUGGCAAAGUACCCCAUAUAAUGACGAACCUUGGUAUAACCAGAAGACCCAGAAGGAGAGGGAGACUUUAAAGGUUUUGAAGAUGUUCACUGAUUUCCUGUCUUUUAUGGUUCUGUUCAACUUUAUCAUUCCUGUCUCCAUGUAUGUCACGGUGGAAAUGCAGAAAUUUUUAGGGUCCUUCUUCAUUUCAUGGGAUAAGGACUUCUACGAUGAAGAAAUCAAUGAAGGCGCCCUGGUUAAUACAUCAGACCUCAACGAGGAACUUGGUCAAGUGGAUUAUGUAUUUACAGAUAAAACUGGAACACUCACUGAAAAUAGCAUGGAGUUCAUUGAAUGCUGCAUAGAUGGCCACAAGUACAGAGGGGUCCCUCAGGACACCGAAGGACUCUCCCAAACUGAUGGGCCCUUAACGUACUUUGACAAAGCAGAUAAGAAUCGAGAAGAGCUCUUUCUUCGUGCCUUGUGUUUAUGUCACACCGUGGAAAUCAAAACAAAUGAUGCUGUCGAUGGAACAGGACAGCGCCCCGAAUUAACCUAUGUUUCCUCUUCACCAGAUGAAAUCGCUUUGGUGAAAGGAGCGAAGAAGUAUGGAUUCACAUUUGUAGGAAUUCGGAAUGGCCGAAUGAGAGUCGAGAACCAAAGAAAAGAAAUCGAAGAGUACGAGCUGCUUCACACUUUGAACUUUGAUUCUGUCCGUCGUCGCAUGAGUGUCAUUGUGAAGAACCAAGCAGGAGAUAUACUUCUCUUCUGCAAAGGAGCGGACUCAGCGAUUUUCCCCCGGGUGCAGAAUCACGAGAUUGAGUUAACUAAAGCCCACGUGGAGCGCAAUGCAGUGGACGGAUAUCGGACCCUGUGCGUGGCCUUCAAAGAACUGGGACCCGAUGAGUAUGAAGCCAUUAACAGACAGCUCAUAGAGGCCAAAAUGGCCUUGCAGGACCGAGAGGAGAGAAUGGAAAAGGUUUUUGAUGAUAUAGAGACAAACAUGAAUUUAAUCGGAGCCACGGCCGUGGAAGACAAGCUCCAGGAUCAAGCAGCAGAGACCAUUGAAGCACUGCACGCGGCUGGCCUGAAAGUCUGGGUCCUCACAGGGGACAAGAUGGAAACUGCCAAGUCUACCUGCUACGCCUGCCGUCUCUUCCAGACCAGCACUGACCUCCUGGAACUGACGACCAAAACCGUCGAGGAAAGUGAGCGGAAGGAAGAUCGCUUGCAUGAGCUGUUGAUCGAAUAUCGGAAGAAGUUGAUGCAUGAAUUUCCUAAAAGUACCAGAAGCCUUAAAAAAGCAUGGACUGAGCACCAGGAAUAUGGUCUGAUCAUUGACGGCUCCACACUGUCGCUCAUACUAAACUCCAGUCAAGACUCUGGCUCCAACAACUACAAAACAAUUUUCCUGCAGAUUUGCAUGAAGUGCACUGCAGUGCUCUGCUGCCGGAUGGCGCCGUUACAGAAAGCCCAGAUUGUCCGAAUGGUGAAGAACUUGAAAGGCAGUCCCAUAACUUUGUCAAUAGGGGAUGGUGCUAAUGAUGUCAGCAUGAUCUUGGAAUCUCAUGUGGGAAUCGGCAUUAAAGGCAAAGAAGGUCGCCAGGCAGCGAGGAAUAGUGAUUAUUCAGUUCCAAAGUUUAAACAUCUAAAGAAAUUGCUGCUGGCUCAUGGACACCUCUAUUAUGUGAGAAUAGCACACCUUGUACAAUAUUUCUUCUAUAAGAACCUUUGUUUCAUUUUGCCUCAAUUUUUGUACCAGUUCUUCUGUGGAUUCUCACAACAGCCCCUCUAUGACGCCGCUUACCUUACUAUGUAUAACAUCUGCUUCACAUCCUUGCCCAUUCUGGCAUACAGCCUCCUGGAGCAACACAUCAAUAUUGACACACUGACCUCAGACCCCCGAUUGUAUAUGAAGAUCUCUGGCAACGCCAUGCUCCAGCUGGGCCCCUUCUUGUAUUGGACGUUUCUGGCUGCCUUUGAAGGGACGGUUUUCUUCUUCGGGACUUACUUUCUUUUUCAGACAUCGUCCUUGGAAGACAAUGCAAAGGUUUACGGAAACUGGACCUUUGGAACCAUUGUUUUUACUGUCCUGGUAUUCACUGUAACUUUAAAGCUUGCCUUGGAUACCCGAUUCUGGACAUGGAUCAAUCACUUUGUGAUCUGGGGUUCUUUAGCCUUUUAUGUAUUUUUCUCCUUCUUCUGGGGCGGAAUUAUUUGGCCUUUCCUUAAGCAGCAGAGAAUGUAUUUCGUGUUUGCUCAAAUGCUGUCAUCUGUGUCCACGUGGUUGGCCAUAAUUCUUCUAAUAUUUAUCAGCCUUUUCCCUGAGAUUCUCCUGAUAGUGCUAAAGAAUGUAAGAAGAAGAAGUGCCAGGAAUCCAAAUCUCGAGCUGCCUAUGUUAUUGUCCUACAAGCAUAUUGACAGUGGUUACAGCUAAAAAAAAAAAAAAGAAAGCGUGAAGAAACAGAUACAAAACGUUCUCAUCUCAGGAUACUUGAUAUGCAACAAACUAAACCACUCUCUUGUGUCUAGGAAUCUCAGUAAAUGUCCAUUAAAAUACCAAAUGACACUCUUUAGCAUUUGCAGUUAUUGUCAGUUGCCACCAUGGCCCACGCACUCAGUUACGAAUUACUCUGAAAGUUGAAAGCAAGAAUACUUAGAAUUUCUGGCUUUAGAUAGAAUAAAAUAAUUACCAAAUGGGUGCCUUUUUCACCCAUGAAUUCUGUGAAUGGAUUUAAACACAGUAGUAUAAAGUAGAAGUCAUGCCAUGGGAAUGAAUAGAUUUUGCUCAUGCUACUUUUUUUUGCCUGGCAGAGAAAUAGGCUGUUUGGAUCCCAUUUCUUGUUCCUGCUGAUUGAUAAUCGUAGAUUCUUUGUUUUCAAACAUCUGAAAGGAAUACUUGAAAAUACAAGAGGACUCAGAGAUACCAGUACAUCAGAGUUAAACCUUUCUGUUCACCCAUGAGCUAAUUUUUUUCUUGAUCGAAUAGCCUAGCCAUAAAAAAAUACCUGAACACUUACAUGGAAAAGUAUUAAUUCAGAAUAUUUUUGUGAGACUUCCCCCCCCCCAAAAAAAAUUGUAUUUUAUUUUUCUUAUUCUGAACUAAAUCCCAUAUUAUAAGCACUGAGGGCUCUGGAAUUUACAAGUCAACUAUUUUCAAUCAUUAAUAACUCUUCCAAAUAGUGAAGAGAUAACUGAUAUGUGCAAAUAUAAGUUCAACUGGGAUCAGAGAUGAAGGGCGGAGUGGGGAGGAGUGAAACCAGUUUCCCCAAAACAAACACUAUUUAGGGCAUCAGUGCUCUGUGGGGGUUUGGUGAAGUGGCUGGGUUGCGGGGAGCAGCCUAAUGGCAAAAGUGGCAAAACUCCCAUUUGAUGGAGUUAGCCUUUGUGACUCUGCAGCCGCUGGGUGGGGAAGGACUGUGUUCUGGCCCGAGAUGGUAAACCCAGAGCAGGGCCUUGGCGUAGAGCUUGAAUGUUAUCUCUCCGAGGAAACUUGGCUAAGGGUGAUGCUCAAACCCUUCAACCAUAUGAUUCACUUGGGUAAAAUCUUCAAUGUAUGGUUCAGGAGGAGGUCAUCACCUCCAAAGGCUUCCACGUUUUUUUUCUUAAAAAAAUCCAAAUAUGUUUCCUCAUUGUUAAAAUAAAAUCUGUGGCUCUAAAUGACUCCAUCUGACUACUAGAUGGAAAUGGUCUUUUCCUCUCAUUCUCCAUGUCAGGUUGUCUUCCUGGCAUGCCUGUACUAUUUUUAGUGUUUCUGUUGUACUUUGAUUUGAGGAAGUAUUGAAAUCAGUCUAUGCCAGUAUAUUUAUAUAGUCCGUAUGGCACAUUUGAUUCUUCAUGUACAUUAUGUGUUUACCGUUCAGCUGUAAUUUUCCUUACAUUCUAGAAGUGACAAGAUCUUGCUUGUCGGCGACCAUUCCAUUCUUGACUGACUGACUGACUCCCCGGGAUGUUGGUGUGUCCUCCUGUGUCAGUAUUAUUUUUGAGUGGAUUGUCAGAAAUCCUUCCCAGCUUACGGAAGGAAGUAUGCUGUGUUCUGCUUGCCUGUAUGGGAGGAAUUGUGCUAGAAACAGUGUCUUUGCCUAGUCCAAAGAGCUACAGAAGCAAAAAUCAGACCCAGGAAAGCUUUCUAGUGUGUCGUUAUUGUUCUUAAUGAUUGUUGCUCUAUUUUUAUUGUUGUUCGAUGUGAAAACUACAGGGACUGUGAAUACCGAGAGAGCCAGGGGUGGGGAUAGACUUGUUUACUGCAGAAUCAUUGGCGCUUUGGCAUAAUCACACUAUCCAGACUAGUGGAAAUACAUUAACUGGUGGCAGGUAAAAUUCCUCAUGGCUAGAAAGUCAGAUGAGUACAGCAGAUUUAGAGCCAUUUCUUAGCUAUCCACUCCACUUCAGUUCAGAUUCUUAGUGGCAGUGGUAUCGAGCCCUAGAUCCUUCAGAAAGAUUUGACUUUCAUGUUUUAUGAAUGAGCAAAUAAAAAAAAGUGGGGUUGGCACAUGGAAAAAAUUGAAGUAAGCCAUUGAAGUAAGUCCAUUCCUAGUACUACAGUCAAAUCUCCUUGGAUGAUGCCAGAGGGAGGUCAGUGUAAUAAUGGGAUCAUAUUUGCCUGUCACUUGAAUAAUUUGAAAUUUCAAGUCGUUCUUACCAUUUCUCCAAAUACUGUCCAUUGUUUGAGGAUGUUGCCUAUCAAACUGAAAACAUCAGUUCCACAUCUACCACAUAGACACCAGCAACGAUGUAAAUGUAAGCCUAAAUUUGCAAAUUCAUAAUAACUUAGUGAUGGAAUUUUUUAAUAACAUGCAGUAUAUAAUUGUGCAGAUUUUAUGCAAGUGUUGACAAAUCAUUUUUCAGCUUAAAAUGGAACUGCAAUAUUACAUUUUUCACUUAAGCAAUUUUUUACAUCUCGUUGCUUUCUAUAAUGAAUGUGAAUGCCAUCUUUUAUGAAUGCAACUUGCCUUUUUCAUUACAGAAAUUUUUGUUUGAUGUAAUCAAUAAACUUUGGUAUGAUAUGAUUGA